AUGAAGUCCGCCAUUCUCUGCUUAUUCUCAUGCACCAUCUUCGUUGCAAAACAAGCUUUUCGGACCGACACCAAAGCUGGUCAAACUUUCCAGUGCCAAGAUAUUGCUACAUAUAGUAGUAUGUAUACCAAACGCCCAGACCGCACCUCGCGGGAUUGCACCCAUGCACGACUGGUAAAGUGCUCCAGGUACGGGACUCCACCACGGCAAGGGAAGGGGACCCACCUCUGGAUGCGCUACACAACCAGCACCUCUGCUGGUAGCGGUACCCCCGAUGCCCAAAACAAAACUAUCGCCUCCCUAUGA